GCGAUACCACAAUCGUGCCACAGGCACAUUGCUGGUUCUGAAUUCUAAGAGGGUGUCAAAACUCACCGCCUCAGGGUUCGCAUGGAUAUCGAUUAGUGCCGCGUUGAGUUGCAUAAUUUUAGAUGGACACUAUUCAAGCAUAAAAGCGGAACUCGUCGAUCCAUGAAGGGCAUUCUUCAUCUUCUUACUUUUCGUCUUAUUCUUCUCAUGGCUGGCCCAAUUGUAGCAAGCACUUUCUUUCUCUUGACGCUUCUUGUCACGUCGGCUCAGGCAGCCACCAAUUCUGUGAUAUGUCCUUCCGAUCCUUAUCUAGACCCACGAAACGAUCCAUGCAAUGGCCUCGGAUAUAUUGCUAACAAUACGCUCACCGCUGUCGCCUUUGUUUAUGUGCUGUUGGUCGUUCUCAUUCAGACUUAUCAAAUAAUCUAUAACGGCGGGAAGUUCAUGUUGUCCAUGGUCAUCGGGGAAUACAUUUAUGCUCUCGGCUUUGCAUUUCGCUUCGCUUUGCACCAUAGUCCUGACUCAUUGGAGAUUUUCAUCUCUGAGGACUUGAUGAUCGUGUUGUCUCCCUGUUUUUUCAUUGCCGCGAAUUAUACUCUUCUUGGUCGCCUUGCCGGUGAAAUCGACUGCGCUCAUCACGUCCUGCUUCCAGUGAGGCGGCUCACCCUCAUAUUUGUCUUGUCCGACGUGACUACCUUUGUCAUCCAGGCGACAGGAGCCUCAAUGACUACGUCCAAGGUUCAAAGUUCGGCAUCGACGGGACUUCACAUUUUUUUGGCUGGCCUCAUUAUGCAGCUGGUCUCCUUCGGUUUCUUUUGUGCCAUCUAUGCACGAUUCCUCUACAGGGUCUACACUGAGGAACAGGAUGUCUGCAUGCGAGACUCGAAGCAACACUGGAUUAACGACUGGCGAACACUCGCCGCUGCCUUGGCGGUCAGUUGUGUCGGACUUCUGAUCCGUUCUUUCUACCGUGUUGUGGAGGCUAGUCAGGGCUUCCGCGGCAAUCUCAGCACAAGCGAGGCAGCCUUCUAUCUGGGCGAUACGAUUCCCAUUUGCUUGGCCCUUGUCGUGUACGUUCCAUUCUGGCCCGGAAGGUUCAUCAAGCCAGCGCGCCCCUACGUCAAAGAACAGAAGGAGUUAUCCAUUUCUAGCCCUUCUCUAGUGUAACCCAUGAGGUAGCCACGCUCAUUUUAUUUCUUUUAUAGAAUACGUUUCAAGGGGCACAUACAUAGUACACGAAUGACAUAAAUGGGUCUUUGCCUACCUUGCCA